CCCCGAGCUACUGUGGGCGACCCCGCCGCGCGCCAAGCGGACGCCGCAACUUCGGGAACCCGCGCGGCGGCCGGGAGUCGCGCGGCGUGUGCGCACCAGGGUUUCCCCAGACUCUCCCGGAGCGGUGAGGACGCGGCUCCGGCGUGCGCCCUUUCCCGAGGCGGGGGUCGCGCAAUCUAGGUCCUCCCGGCUGGGGCGCCAGGGAGAGCCGCUCAGAAUGAAGACGUUCAAAUGUUGUUUUAAAUACCCAGCACAGCAGAAGGUUUUCAUCUUAUUUGUAACUCUGUGGCUGUUCUCCCUGUUGAAGCUUCUAAAUGUGAAAAGCCUCUUUUUCCCUCAAAGAGGUGUUUACUUGGUGGAGUCCUUCCUGAGUACCUCGCCUUUUGUAAGAAACAGGUACACCAAUGUGAAGAAUGAAGUCAGGUAUGACGUGAACUGCUCAGGGGUCUAUGAACAGGCACCUUUGGAAAUCGGCAAGAGUCUGGAAAUAAGAAGGAGAGACAUCAUUGACUUGGAUGAUGAGGACGUCGUGGCAAUAACCAGUGACUGUGACGUUUAUCAGACCCUCCGAAGGUACCAUCAAAAGCCCGUUUCAAGGGAGGAGAAGAGCUUCCCAAUAGCUUACUCUUUGGUCGUUCAUAAAGACGCCAUUAUGGUUGAAAGGCUACUCCAUGCUAUAUACCACCAACACAAUAUUUACUGCAUCCACUAUGACCAUAAGUCGCCUGAUGUCUUCAAAGUUGCCAUGAACAAUUUAGCCAAGUGCUUUUCCAAUGUUUUCAUUGCCUCCAAAUUAGAGACAGUGCAAUACGCACAUAUUUCCAGACUCCAGGCGGAUCUGAAUUGCUUGUCAGACCUCCUCAAAUCCUCAGUUCGGUGGAAAUACAUUAUCAAUCUGUGUGGGCAAGAUUUUCCUUUGAAGUCAAAUUUUGAAUUGGUGUCAGAGUUGAAGAAACUCAACGGAGCAAAUAUGUUAGAAACCGUGAAACCCCCAAAUAGUAAAAUGGAAAGAUUCACUUAUCACCAUGAACUCAGACAGGUGCCUUAUGAAUAUGUGAAGCUACCAGUAAGGACAAACGUCUCCAAGGAAGCCCCCCCACAUAACAUUGAGAUAUUUGUUGGCAGCGCUUAUUUUGUUUUAAGUCGGGCAUUUGUGAAAUCCAUUUUCAACAACUCCCUCGUUAAAGACUUUUUUGCCUGGUCUGAAGAUACGUACUCGCCGGAUGAACAUUUUUGGGCUACCUUAAUUCGGGUACCAGGAGUACCUGGGGAGAUUUCUAGGUCAGCCCAGGAUGUGUCUGACUUACAGAGUAAGACCCGCCUUGUCAAAUGGAACUAUCAUGAAGGCGUCUUGUAUCCGCGAUGUACGGGCUCCCACCUUCGAAGUGUGUGUAUCUUUGGGGCGGCAGAAUUAAGGUGGCUCAUAAACGACGGGCACUGGUUUGCUAAUAAAUUUGAUUCUAAGGUGGAUCCUGUCUUGAUUAAAUGCCUGGCGGAAAUGCUUGAAGAGCAGCAGAGACAAUGGAUCACUUUAUCUUCAAAAAAAUUACUUAUGGCUAAAAAUCCCAUAAUCACAUCAUGAUGAAAUCAUAAUAGAAGGAAGCUGUCUGAUAAAUAGAGUUCUUAUGGACUUGUGUGCUCUACCAUGCCCAGUUCUACUCGAACUUAACUCCUCAUAGUUUGCGAGGUGUCCAUAAUUCCAUGCACAAAGGCGACAAUUAGCCUGAAUUUGGUUGGGUGUUUUUAUGUUUGUUUCCUUGUAACCUUAUGGAGCUAAAUCAGAGAUUCUAAACAGUCCAUCAUCAGAGCUCAGAAACUACUGAGCUCCAACUGUAUGCCAGGUACUUUUAUAGAAACACGUAGGAAUUAAAUCCAAAUUGUAAUGAGUUGUACAAUGCCUUCAAGGCUUGCCCUAGCCCCACAGCAACCUUAAUAUCUUACAUUUUCCUCAUAGCAAUCAAGAUUCUACAGAAAAGGUGUUGGAGUGUGGGAUAAUCAUGUAACCAUUGGAACCACCAAUUUCAGGGUAGUGUUUAUGUUCAGUGAACAAAACUCCACUUGUCUUUUAAUUCAGCUCCCUAGACUUUUCUUAACCAUUAGAAUAUUUGAAGGAGAAACCAUUACCUCAGGAAAGCUCAAACAAUUGUCCAAUUUCCUGCUUGCCAAAGCAUAAUUUUCCUAUUGGUGCCUCACCCUUUCAGUUCAGAGUCCAAAGACUCUGUUGGCGGGGCAUUUACAGUGGGUGAAUGUCAGGGAGGCUGGUUGGGGGGCCGGGGGGAUUGGGAUAAGUGGUGCCUGAAGAGAAACAAAGGGAUCUGUAGGACUUUUGCAUCAUGUUACACAAUGGCUUCAUGAAUGAUCUCUUUUUAAUUCAAUUAGUUCUUUAAAAUUAUUGAUUAAAUAUAAGAACUUGAUUAAUAGUUGAAAGUAUUACACUCCCAAAUGUUGAACCUAAGUCUUCUAGCUCAAAGAUUAUCAUUAUAUGUAGGGUUCUUUUAUAGUGGAAUUAGUGUAAUUUUGUUUUAUGGAACCUUAAGCUAAGAAUCACUGAAUUUUCUUGAAAAGGUUGUGUAAAAUAUGACAGCUUUCUAAAUUAACUAUCAUGGUCGUUUA